ACAAAUAAGAUUUUAGGUACACAAAGCAAACAUUAAUUAUGAAAUCUGGCGGUGCUAUUAUCUUACCUCUCCUUGGAGUACUUUUAUACUUUGUGAGUACUACUGCUACUGCAGCAAGAACACAUCCAGUAAUGGGAGAAUCCUUUGAUGAGCCAAUAAGUGAUGAUGAGAAUGUUUUGUUGUACGGUUAUCAUAGUCAUUAUGCGAAGGAAAAUGAGGAUUCAAAAUUAACAAAAAUCACACCUAAGAGCUUAUUAGGUGAUGAUCAUGUUCGUCCUAAGCAACAAACACCAGAAGAGUCUGAUGAGCCAAUAAGUGAUGAUGAGAAUGUUUUGCUAUACGGUUAUCAUAGUCAUUAUGCUAAAGAAAGUGGUGAUGAUGAAUCAAAAUUAAUAAAAGUCACACCUAAGAGCUUAGGUGAUGAGCCAAUUGAUAAUGCCUUUUGGUUAUCAUGGAAGAAAGAAAAAAUGAUUUAAUGUUAUUUGUGUGUUGGUGUAUUUUACUGUCCAAUAAGCCUUUUUUACAAAAGGGAUUUAUCAAAGGCCACAUGUUGUUCUAAUUAAGAGAAAACUAUCCUUUCAUGUAAUAUAUAAUGCGUUUGUCAUUAUUGGUAUGUGAUUCAG